AUGGAUCUUUCAUCACGCAAUUGGGUGUACGACGUGUUCCCGAGCUUCAGCGGAGAAGACGUCCGCGUAACGUUCCUCAGCCACUUUCUGAAGGAGCUUGAUCGGAAACUGAUUAGUGUAUUCACAGACGGUGAGAUCAAGAGAAGCCAAUCGCUCGAUCCCGAGCUUACACAGGCGAUUAGGGAUUCGAGGAUCGCCGUUGUCGUCUUCUCCAAAAACUACGCCUCUUCUAGCUGGUGCCUUAACGAGUUGUCGGAGAUUGUGAAAUGUAGAGAAGAGUUUGGUCAGAAUAGUGAUUCCUGUUUUCAACGGUUUGGAUCCUUCUCAUUGGUGUUAGAUGCUUUGGCGAGUCGAACUCCUUGGUUUGGUUGUGGGAGCAGAAUCAUUGUGGUUACUCAAGAUAAGCAAUUUUUAAGGGCUCAUGGGAUUGAUCUUAUUUACCAAGUGGGUCUCCCAUCUGAUAAACUAGCUCUAGAGAUGUUAUGUCGAUCUGCUUUCAAGCAAAAAACUCCACCUGAUGGUUUCACAGAGCUUGUGUCAGAAGUUGCAAAGCUUUCUGGUAAUCUUCCUUUGGCUCUUAAUGUUUUGGGUUCGCAUCUACGAGGGAGGGACAAAGAGGAUUGGAUUGAUAUGUUACCAAGGCUUCGAAAAGGUUUGGAUGGGAAGAUUGAGAUAAUAUUAAGAGUUGGCUACGAUGGGUUAAGUAACAAAGAUGAUCAAGCAUUAUUUCGUCUCAUUGCAUGUUUCUUUAAUGGUGCGGACAUCGGUUACAUCAAGCUGCUACUUGCAGAUAGUGACUUGGGUGUUAAUAUUGGGUUUAAAAACCUAGUUGAUAAGUCCCUCAUUUAUGUUGGGUGUGACACUGUAGAGAUGCACAGCAUGUUACAAGAAAUGGGGAGAGAAAUUGUUCGGAAACAGUCCAUUGACCAGCCUGGAGAACGGGAGUUUCUGGUGGAUUCCAUGGAUAUUUUGGAUCUACUUCAUGAUAACACUGGUACGAAAAAGGUUUUAGGUAUAUCGUUAGAUAUGUCUGAGAUUGAGGAGUUGCACAUACAUAAGAAAGCCUUUAAAAGGAUGCCUAAUCUCAGGUUCUUAAGAUUUUACAAGAAAUUGGGGAAGCAGACCGCUUACAUGUCUCAGGGAGAUGCAGUUAUAGGGAUCUAA